CUUUUUAGUCUUCCCUUGAACGUUUGAAGGGAAGAAAAAGGUAAGAAGUUUUUAUGGUCUUUUUAAAUUAAUUAUUUACUUCCAUACACGUUUUGGUAAUUAAUUUGUAGGUAUAUAUAUAAGACUAUUUGGAUCCAGUAGCUUAAGUCUUCAUUAGGCAGUAGCCACUGAAAAGGUCUGAAGAGAACUGAAAGAUCGAAGACAAGAAGUCAAGAAGAUGGUGAGGGCUCCAUGUUUUGAUAAAAACGGAAUCAAAAAAGGUGCAUGGAGCAAAGAGGAAGACAACAAACUAAGAGCUUACAUACAGAUAUACGGCCAUUCUAACUGGCGAGAACUUCCCAAGUUAGCUGGUUUGUCUAGAUGUGGGAAAAGCUGUAGGCUGCGAUGGAUGAAUUAUCUACGCCCAAACAUGAAACGUGGAAAUUUUACAAAAGAAGAAGAAGAUGUCAUUGUUGGUUUACAUAAGAAGCUUGGAAACAAAUGGUCAACGAUGGCUGCACAAUUGCCUGGAAGAAGCGACAAUGAAAUAAAAAACCAUUGGCACACACAUCUGAAAAACCAGGUCCGAAAAGAUCAAACUGUGUUAAAGAACGAACAAUUUGAAACCCUUGAACCUUUUAAAGCUACUCCCAGAGGAUGUCAACAGAUUAUGAAGUUCCUUGUGACGACGCUACACCACAGUUUUCUGAGUUGGCCGGAAAUUUAUGGUUUGAUCAGCUCUUUUUACCGGACAACAAUAGUGUCGUAUUAUCAAGUGAGACCAUGUUCUCACCUUUCGGCUUGA